CUUGACUUGUUUCGUGCGACCGUCUGAAAUAUCGUACUAUUGAUCUUCUCUGUUCCUUUCAGCAGUGUGGUUUGACCCCGGAGAGACGCGCGGUCCGUGUGUUGUCGUGGUUACUCGGGUGACUGAUUGUUCGGACACCUGCGGCUCAGAACUAGCUCGACCCUGUGUGUUCGGCACAGUGGAGCAGAGUUGGUGAUCAGCAAAUUAAGUUGUCCCGCAUUUGGUUUAUUGCAGCCAUUACCGAAUACCCUUGCUGGCAAAGAGCGUAGAAUUGCAGGUAUGCAUUGGCCACACUUGGUAUUGGUUUUUCUGGUUUAUUGAUCUGCAGGUCUUGGGCUUUGUUCCUAGGAGGCUCAAAGCACUGUGGUAGAAAAUAUCCAGCCUUGCAGUGUUUGCCUUGCUGUCAUUUUGCUUUGAUGGGACCAAGCCCCUGUGCUGCUAUGUAGCUGCAAAGCUUUUUCAACGUAUGGAUUUAGGACACUGCAUCUUGUAACUUUCUUUCUAAACAGCAUAAGGUGCUUGAGUCAAGAGGGUAAUGUUGCGUUGCUCUGGGCUCUGGAUUCCUGUGCGCGCUGUGAUGUUGUGCCUGAAUUGCUUGCGCUGUUAGCACUCUGUCCAGACCUUUGUGUACCUUGUGCAGGCCCUGGCUAAAGAAGUUUCGUUGCAUGUGUUGUGAUCGCGCACAAGAGUCCUUUCUUAAAGGGCGUCGUCCUGACAAAACAACUCCUGUCUGAUCGCACUGAAGUGAAGCUGGGCAGUUUGGCGUGUGCACGUGCCCGCAGCCUUGCAGAGAACAAAUCGAAGUGUGUAUGUGUGUGUGGACUCGUUUGUCUGUAGCAGUGCAGGCGGGGUCACAGAGGAACCAUUGAUCAGACGUGCACACCCACGCACGCACACGUUCACACAUAUACAUACAACUUCUCAACACAAAAUGAAGCCUGUCCAGAGCUCUGACCUCCUCCCUGCCCCCUUCUCUCUGGCCCUGCGCAGCCUGGUCCUGGUCCUACUCUGCAUCACUCCUCAUUGUCAGGCGGUGCAGGCGGAGAAUGUUACAGUCCUGGAGGGGGGUACGGCACAGAUCUCCUGCCGUCUGCAAAACUACGACGGAUCAAUUGUGGUCAUUCAGAAUCCCCGCCGGCAGACUCUCUUCUUCAACGGCACGCGAGCACUGAAGGACGACCGUUUCCAGAUGGUGCUCUUCACGCCGCGGCUGGUGCGCAUCACGCUCACCAACGUCAGCGUGUCCGACGAGGGCGGCUACUUCUGCCAGCUCUACACGGACUCCACGCACCACCAGGUGGCGACGCUGUCCGUGCUGGUGCCGCCGGAGACGCCCACGGUGGAGGUGAAGCAGGAGGCCGUGGAGGGCGGCGAGGCGGAGCUCACCUGUGUGACGCCGCGCAGCAAGCCGGCCGCCACCCUGCGCUGGAUCCGCAACGGCCGGGAGCUACCAGGUGUGGUAUCCCAGCAGGACAAUGUGAAGACGUUCAGCGUGUCCAGCACCAUCCGGAUCCCGGUGGAAAGGAAAGACAAUGGGGCGGCACUGAGCUGCGAGGCCUUCCACCCGGCACUGGCGGGACAGAGGAGGAUUCGCCACUACCGCCUGGAUGUGUACUUUGCACCCACAGUGAGGAUUGUGCCUCCUUCUGGGAUUUUGCGAGAGGGCGACUCGCUCAGCCUCACCUGCUCUGUCACUGGAAACCCUCUGCCAAGGAACACCCAGUGGUCCAAGAUUAAUGACACCCUACCUGAAAGGGCAGAGAUUUCCGGCCCCACCCUCCAGAUUUCCCGCCUCAGCCAGUCACACAACGGGACGUACUUGUGCCAGGCCCAGAACAACUACGGACGCGCUGCCGAUCACUACACCCUGCUGGUGUAUGAUAAUGUGUCAGUCACUACCAUGGUCCCUCCCACUCCAACCUCCACCCAACCAAUCACCUCCCAUCCCGCCACCCCAACCCUCCUAACUCCCAGCUUCGCCUUGGACCCGGAAGAUCCCGGUGCAGUGGUGGAGACUCACAGUGCAGUACCAUACGCAGUGAUAGGUGGCGUUCUGGCACUGCUGGUUUUCACCGUCAUCUGCGUCCUCAUUGUCACCAUCUGGUGCUCCGUCCGACAGAAAGGGUCGUACCGUACCCGAGAGCCUAUUCUUGCUUGGUAUUGACCUAACAAUCAGUAAACUAAUGAAUUAAUCAUUCACAGGUUCCUAUCUUACCCAUGAGGCCAGUGGGUUGGAUGAACAUGGUGAGGUGCAGGAAGCCUUCCUCAAUGGGAACGACGCCAGCCAGGGCAAGAAGGAGUACCUACUGUAGUCCUUCUCCUUCCCUAUCCCCUUCUCUUCUGACCUCAACCCUCCAUCCCUCCCUCUCCCCGUCUCCCUCCUUAUAUAUAGUAUACACAAACACACACACAUACACUUCUACACAAAUGCGCCAUAAUAGGCAGCCUUCUGAAAGCGACUGUAUACAGAUACUGCACACAGCCAGUUCAUCCCGCUCCAUUCCAGUCCAUAUCCUACACACACACCAACCCAGAGACAGACUGAGAAAACGAGAGCCUAUAGACCCACCAGCCAUUAACGACUGUGCCAUAUACUGUCAAGUCGGAGGAACCGGGGGGUGGAAUGGAGAGAGCGAGGGGGGGGGGGCAUGUAGGCAAUAACGAAAUUAUGCCAUAAUUAUUUUCAUCGAGGGGGAAGCAGGGAGCACAAAGAAAACUGGCAUUCUGUCCGUGCAGCCACCAAAGUGGAAGCGGAAUUAGAGGCAGAUGACUGCCAUAAUUCCAUGCCUGGAGAAAACCAUUUGACAAAGCUCAAUCUUCAACCUGCAGAGACAGAGGAAGAAGGGAGUGAGGAGGGAUGGGGAAACGGAGAGGGGGGUGACCAGACCAGACCAGGAGCUAUUGAGCGCCCGGUACUAGAAAAAUAGAAAUUUUCAAAAUUGCCAAAGUAUCUUGCCCACGGAGCGCAUCUCAUAUAUAAUUCCAUAACAACACUGGAGUGCAUAAGCCCAGAGUCCCGAGAAGUAUCCAUACUUCAUGAACAAGCUAACUGUCCUGUUUUGCUAUCCCGGUUGGGUGGCCUGCCAAUUACAUUUUUUUUCUCCUCCCGCUGCAACAGCGAGGAAAAGAUGGUUCCCUUUUCUUUUAAUUUACUCCUUCUUCCUCUACACUCACCUGUUACCAGUCUCUUCCCUCUCCCAUAUAGCUCUCAUUCUCUCUGUCUGCGCCCCCCCGCCUCAAUCGCUCCUCCUUUGUUGGCUCCUAAUAAUGAAAAGGAUUAGUGUUGGGCUGCGUUCCCGAGGAAGAAGAAAGGAAUAUUACUUGCUAAGGCAUUAAAGAAAGGCUUAAUUAUUUUAGAAUGUCAUUAAGAGGAUAAAAAGGUUUAAAAGUCUUAUUAAGAAGGGCAACGGGAGCGAUAGCAAAAUGAAUGAAUAGGAAAAUAAAAGGAAUGGAUAUUUUUUUCCUAAUGCUACCACACACAUGCAGAUACAUGCACACAUCCAUACGUACAGUAAACAUGUUGACAGAACUAGUAUACAUAUCUCUGAAUUCCUUAUUUGUAUAAUAAAAGAGCAGCAACAUAAAUUAAAACAUAAAAUGAAACUUUUAAGAAAUAAGAAAAACUGUUUACUAUUGAAACUCAUUAUUAAGCAACUAUACUAACACAGAAUAUUAGCCUAUAGAGUUGCAACGUCGAACAAACUACUGUCCAGUGAUCUUUAAAGAAAAAAAGAAAACAAUAAAAAAAAACAUUUGUCUUUAUGAGAAACCAGAGGUCUUAUUGAUUUUUUUAUUAAUUAUUAUUAUUGUUUGAACAAUUAUGAUUGUUGUUACUGUUAUUAUUAUUGCUGUUGUUGUUAUUAUUAUAAUUGUAAAUGUUAAAGAAAUGUACACUUCCCAUGGUUUGUCUUCGGUUCUAAUGUAGAGAAAUUGCUGUCUUUUUUCACUCUUACCUUUCCUCUCUCUCCCAGUCUUUCUCUCUCUUCGUCUCCUGUGCCUAGUCGUCUCUUCUCCAGUCUUUCACUCUUGUUUAUUUUAGAGUCCAUGUGUCAUUGUUGAUAUAUAGCUAACUAUUUCUUUAUAGGGGAAAGAUACAAAGCACGACAAAAUAAAAAAAAACAUUGAUCCAAAAAGAA